AUGAGGAACAGAAAAACCUCCACGAACAAUAGCUUUGGUCCUGGGCUUACCGUUAUUUUUUAUCAAGAUUAUACAUGCAAGCCUCAACAUUAUUGUUUUAGGGUUUUGCUUCUCCAAGCCAGAGGGCUGUACAAGAGGUUUCUGAAUUCAACCGGCUACGUGGGCGAUCAGGAGUGGGCGAUCAUUAAGAUGGUAGAGCAAAGAGUGUUUUUGUACCCCAUGAUAUUUUUUUGCUGCUGGGGUCCAGCCUUUAUCCUUGGAAUCUUCAGACUGACAUCUUUGGAGCACACCAGGCCGUACAUGGGAUUUUGUGUUUUAGAGGCCCUGACAGCGUCAUCCCAGGGCCUCCUGAACUGCGCUGUUUACUGCUGGACCCAGCAUACGUUCCGCUGCAUGAAGCGCAGGGCCUGCCAAGACGGCGAGACCCAGACGCCGCUCCUGCGGUCCCAGAAGAGGUUCUACGAAAGCACGCUGCCCGCUGCUGGACGCCAGGUGGAGGCCAAGUCCGCUGCGGGCUCCACGGCGCUGUGAGCAA